AUGACUCAAGAUUCAGGAAAGAAGAUCGCCAUCGGUCCCAAACCUAUCAAGAACUCUCAUGGAGUCAAAUUUCUUGGUUUGAAGACUGCUUCUUCUACUCCCUCUAGGGUUACUCGUUCCUCUGCGAAAAUUGUCUCUCCAGAAUCGUCUGGCCCAUCCAAGAGGACAAGGAGUAUGAGGAUCAAGCAUGUUUUCAAGCGAGGCAUAGGGAAAGCAUCAAGUGUUCAGGACAUCUCAGAAGAUUCCAUUCCUGAUCCACCAAUUGAUGAUAAUCAAGAAAGCGAUGUCGUCGAUGUUGAAGCAGAUCAAGAUGUCAUGCCAAAUGUUGAAUCACAGGUUGAUCGUGAUUCUGAACCAAACUCUGAAGCAAACCCGAGUGAACCUGAUGCUGAGAAGGAAGAUGAUACUGAUGUUGCUAGUCAGGAAUCUUCAAGUGAGAAGACUCCCUCUGUUGAAAUUCCCUAUGAGAAAACCCUUGAACCCUUGUCCAAGAAGGGUAAGAAACAAGUGUUUGUUGCCUCUAAAGAAGAAGACUCUGAUGAUCAAGAAGUGCACAAGAAAGUCACUGCCUCUGCUAGUAGGAAAGCCACAGUUUCUACAAGCAAGAAUGUUACAGGUUUGAAAGAAAAGAAGAAAAAGGUCUCAGUUCCUGAGAAUAAGACAAAGAAGGACAAGAAAGAUGAGAAAAUGGCUGCAUCCACUGGAAAGAAAAGGAAAGAUGUUGCUGAAACUGACUCUGAGACAGAUGUCGAGCCAGAUGUUCCUGACAUCACCACUACUGCCAAGAAAGGGAUCAAGGGGAAGAGAAUUCCUUUGAAUGUUCCCGAGGCACCAAUUGACAAUGUAUCCUUCCACUUUGCCAGUUUUGCACAAAGUUGGAAGUCUGUUGUUCAGAGAAGGUUAGCCAUAGAAAGGGAGCUUCAUGCAGAUGCCUUGGAGCUCAAAGAGAUCAUGGAACUGUUGGUUGAUGCAGGUUUGAUGAAGACUGUCAAGGACAUUGGCAGAUGUUUCUCUCAAUUGGUUAGGGAAUUCAUUGUGAAUAUCCCUACUGAAUGUGAUGAUGAGAGUAGCCCUGAGUUCAGGAAGGCCUAUGUUAGAGGAAAGUGUGUUAAUUUCUCUCCUGAAGUUGUUAAUGAGUUUUUGGGAAGAAGUCCGGUUGCUGGAACUGAUGAAGAACCUGAUUUAAAUAGGGUUGCUAAGACCCUUACUGGCAAGAUGGUCAAGAAGUGGCCAAAUAAAGGAUUACUUCCCUCUGGGAAGUUAACUACCAAGUAUGCUAUCCUUUUCAAGAUUGGGUGUGCAAAUUGGAUGGCCACCAAUCACCUAUCUGGUGUAACUCCUCCCCUUGCAAGAAUUCUCUAUGUGAUUGGCACUGGUGGUGAGUUUGAUUUUGGCAAACUGGUUUUUGAUCAGACUCUAAAGCAUGCAGGCUCUUAUGCUGUGAGACUGCCAAUUCUGUUUCCUUGCCUAUUGUUUGAACUAAUUGUCAAACAACACCCUCAUGUUGUGAAGCAAAGGGUUCUGCCAGUACCAGUGGACAAGCUCAUCAAGGCCAUGACACAGGUUCCUACUGGUGCUGCUGAGGAAGGUAAUAUUGAAGAGUCUACUGAAGAUGUUGAAGAUGACAAUGCUGAUGUUAAGGAAGAAGAGGCUCAGUAUGAAACUGCUGGAGAGGAAGAGGAUGACUCUGAAAGGGAAAAUGAGGAAUCUGAUGGAGAAGAGAAGUGGGAUGUAACUGGCUUCACCAGUUCUAGCACUCGUAGCACCUCUCUUUAA